AUGAUGCAGCCCAGCAGGUUCAAGAAGAUUUGCGUGUUCUGCGGCAGCAGCCAGGGGAAGAAGACGAGCUACCAUGACGCCGCCGUUGACCUCGCCGAAGAGCUGGUGUCUAGGAACAUUGACCUGGUGUAUGGAGGCGGAAGCUUAGGGCUCAUGGGGCUCAUCUCGCACGCCGUCCACCGCGGCGGUAGGCAUGUUGUUGGGGUCGUUCCCAGGGCUCUCAUGACCACUCCUGAGAUUAUCGGAGAGACAGUGGGGGAGGUAAAGGUGGUGGAGGACAUGCACCAAAGGAAGGCGGAGAUGGCAAGUCAAUCCGAUGCCUUCAUAGCCCUGCCUGGAGGAUACGGAACUCUGGAGGAGCUGUUCCAAGUAAUCACAUGGGCACAGUUAGGCAUCCAUCAUAAGCCGGUCGGCUUGCUGAACAUUGAUGGCUACUACAACUCACUGCUGGUGUUCAUUGACCAUGCCGUGGAGGAAGGCUUCAUCAGCCCCAGCGCUCAUCACAUCUUCGUCCAAGCUCCCAGUGCACAGGAGCUCAUGGAGAAGCUUGAGGGGUACGCCCCGUACUAUGACAAAGUUGCUUCCGAGCUCAACUGGGCCGACGAUGCAGGUGAUGGUUUUGGAAUCAGCGUUUCAUCAUAUGACACAGAUCAAAUUCUUCAGUCAUGGGAGAAACCUCUUUUGUCUCCCGUGAAAGAGGCCCCUUCGAGGAUGGAUAAAUAA